GUAGGUGUGGUUGAUUGGUGCGCCCCCUGCCGGUGAUGAGCGGAGCUCCCUCCCUUUUCCCUCCUUCCUCCGUAGAGUCACGUGACACCAGCGGCAAGAAGCUGCAAACGGCUCUGAGACCGGGGCUGCGCGAGCCUCAUCAUCAUCAUCAUCAUCACCGCCACAACCGCCGCAACGGCAGCAUAGAGAGCCGACCGCGAAACCGGGGUCUUUACCGAUUCAAGGAGCCGGGCGUCAUGGCGGGCCCCCGUUAAACCGACAGCCACAUUUAUCCUCUUUGUUCUCGCAGUCUUCACGCGCCUCCGCCGAGGAGGGGCCGCCAGGAGAAGCUCUCCCUUUCCGAGCGGAGGAGGCAGGAGGAGAUACAGCAGCGGCGGCGGAGGUAACAGUCGAACCGGGGAGGUGCUUUCUACGGUACGAGCCGAAUGGCGGACCGCGAGGCGUCGCCAAUACCGCUGGAGAUCCGAGCUCGGCUGGCGGAGCUGGAGCUGGAGCUGUCAGAGGGGGACAUCACUCAGAAGGGUUAUGAGAAGAAGAGGUCCAAGCUGAUCAGGGCAUAUGUUCCACAUGCUGGAGGUAUGGAGGGGCCAAUGUCUCACCGGGCCCCCCUCGGCCCUCCCUCUGCGGCCCGUUUCCACCGACGGAGAACCUCCGGCACCAGAGAUGAGCGCUACAGAUCAGACGUCCACACUGAGGCGGUGCAGGCUGUGUUGGCGCGACACGUUGAGAGGAAGGUGGCGGUGCCCAUGCCCUCCAAGAGACGCUCGCUGGUGGUGCAGACCUCCAUGGAUGCAUACACGCCUCCAGGUCUGUCCCCCCUGUGCUCAGACUCCUCGUCGGGCUCAGAGGAGGAGGCGGGGCCAGGUGAUGACAUGUCCGGCAUGGAGCACUGGAUGAGCCGCCCUUCCCAGCUAGGCCCCGCCCACCUAGGCUCCACCUCCUCCUCCUCCUCGUCCACGCAGAGCGGAGGCAGCGGUAAUGCCGGACGGCUAGCCGACUCGCUGGCGCACAUGCACAUCUCGCACCUGGCGCACACGCACCUGGCGCACCUGGGCCAGUCGCACCACCAGCAGAGCCACCUGUCACAGUCGCACCACGGUAUCGGCCACCUGUCUCUGAAGAGGAAGGGAGCUCUUAGUAUAGCAGAGAACGGCGGCUCUCUGCGACGGUCCUGUGAGUUUGGCUCCGACAUGCUGUGGCCUCCGCCGCUGGAGUCAGAGGAGAACCACUCGGCCCCGCCGGACGUGACGGGAUACUCGUCGGACUCGUCCCACUCCCACACUGAGCGUCACCACAUGGCCAAUAUGGGAACCAUUGCCAGGAACACGCAGAAAUACGGCAACGCGGAGCGCAUGGAGACAGGCGAUGGUGUUCCGGUCAGCAGUCGCGUGUCGGCUAAGAUCCAGCAGCUGGUGAACACGCUGAAGCAGCCUCGCAGACCUCCACUACGAGAGUUCUUUGUUGAUGACUUUGAUGAGCUUUUAGAAGUCCAGCAACCCGACCCUAACCAGCCUCGGCCGGAGGGGGCGGAGAUGAUGCCAGUGCGAGGAGAGCCGCUGGGGGUGGUCACUAACUGGCCUCCUUCUCUGGAGGCGGCUCUCCAACGCUGGGGAACCAUCUCCCCAAAAGCCCCCUGCCUCACCAGCCUGGACACAGCAGGGAAGCCCCUCUAUGUGCUCACAUAUGGGAAGCUGUGGUCUCGCAGCAUCAAGCUUGCCUACAACAUCCUCCACAAACUGGGCAGCAAGCAGGAGCCCAUGGUGCGACCGGGCGAUCGGGUGGCGUUGGUGUUUCCGAACAACGACCCAGUGGCCUUCAUGGUGGCGUUUUACGGCUGUCUGUUGGCAGAGGUGGUCCCUGUUCCCAUAGAGGUGCCCCUAAGUCGCAAGGAUGCCGGCAGCCAACAGAUUGGAUUCCUGUUGGGCAGCUGUGGCGUUACUGUGGCUCUGACCAGCGAUGCCUGCCAUAAGGGUCUUCCCAAGAGCGCAACAGGAGAGAUCCCACAGUUCAAAGGUUGGCCGAAGCUGCUGUGGUUUGUAACAGAGUCGAAGCACCUGUCCAAACCGCCCAGAGACUGGUUCCCCCACAUCAAAGAUGCAAAUAAUGACACUGCUUACAUAGAGUAUAAAACCUGUAAGGACGGCAGUGUGCUGGGAGUCACUGUGACGAGGAUCGCUCUGCUCACACACUGCCAGGCUCUCACUCAGUCCUGCAGCUACACUGAGGCUGAAACCAUAGUGAACGUGCUGGACUUUAAAAAAGACGUGGGUCUGUGGCACGGCAUCCUGACGAGUGUGAUGAACAUGAUGCACGUGAUCAGCGUGCCCUACUCGCUGAUGAAGGUCAACCCUCUGUCAUGGAUCCAGAAAGUCUGCCAGUACAAAGCCAAGGUGGCCUGUGUGAAGUCCAGAGACAUGCACUGGGCUCUGGUGGCCCACAAAGACCAGAAGGACAUCAACCUGAGCUCGCUGCGCAUGCUGCUGGUGGCCGACGGAUCAAACCCCUGGUCCAUCUCGUCCUGCGACGCCUUCCUCAACGUCUUUCAGACCAAAGGGCUGAGAACCGAAGUCAUCUGUCCCUGCGCCAGCUCCCCCGAGGCCCUGACGGUGGCCAUCAGGAGGCCGGUGGAGGACAGCAGCCAGCCUCCAGGUCGGGGCGUCCUGUCCAUGCAGGGUCUGAGCUACGGCGUCGUCAGGGUCGACACGGAGGAGCGGCUGUCGGUGCUCACUGUUCAGGAUGUGGGGACCGUCACACCCGGAGGCCUGGUGUGUGUAGUGAAGCCGGAAGGCGUGCCCCAGCUCUGUCAGACCGAUGAGAUCGGCGAGCUCUGCGUUUGCUCCAUCGCCACCGGGACAUCGUACUACGGCCUAACGGGCAUGACCAAGAACACCUUUGAGGUUUACCCGGUGAGCUCCAGCGGAGGGUUGAUCAGUGAAUACGCCUUCGUGCGGACUGGCCUGCUCGGCUUCAUUGGCCCCGGCGGCCUCGUCUUCAUCACAGGCAAGAUGGACGGGCUCAUCAUGGUGAGCGGGCGGAGGCACAAUGCCGAUGACAUCGUUGCCACUGCACUCGCAGUGGAGCCAAUGAAAUUCGUCUACAGGGGCAGGAUAGCUGUGUUCUCUGUGACGGUGCUGAGGGAUGAGAGGAUCGUGGUGGUGGCCGAGCAGAGGCCGGACUCCACGGAGGAGGACAGCUUCCAGUGGAUGAGCCGCGUACUGCAGGCCAUAGACAGCAUCCACGGGGUGGGCGUCUUCUGUCUGGCUCUGGUGCCGGCCAACACCCUUCCCAAGACUCCUCUGGGCGGCAUCCACCUGUCGGAGAUCAAGCAGCUGUACCUGGAGGGGGGGCUGCACCCCUGCAACGUCCUGAUGUGCCCCCACACCUGUGUCACCAACCUGCCCAAACCGCGGCAGAAACAGCCAGAGAUCGGACCCGCCUCUGUGAUGGUGGGAAAUCUGGUGUCAGGGAAGAGAAUCGCUCAGGCCAGCGGCAGAGACCUGGGACAGACUGAUGAUAACGACCAGUUUCUGUUCCUGUCCGAGGUUUUGCAGUGGAGAGCUCAGACCACACCGGACCACAUCCUCUACACCCUGCUCAGCUCUCGGGGGGCAGUGUCCAGCUCUCUCACCUGUCUGCAGCUGCAUAAGAGGGCGGAGCGAGUGGCAGCUCUGCUGAUGGAGAGAGGCGGUCUGCAGGAAGGAGACCAUGUCGCUCUGGUGUACCCGCCAGGUAUAGACCUGAUCGCAGCCUUUUACGGCUGCCUGUACGCCGGCUGCGUUCCCAUCACAGUGCGACCGCCUCACCCUCAGAACAUCUCCACCACCCUGCCCACUGUUAAGAUGAUUGUCGAGGUGAGUCACUCGGCGUGUGUGAUGACCACCGCCGUCAUCUGUAAGCUGCUGCGCUCCAAAGAGGCCAUGGCCACGGUGGACAUCAGGAACUGGCCCCCAGUCCUGGACACCGAUGACCUGCCAAAGAAGAAGCCUCCAGCUCUCUAUAAGCCCACCAACCCGGACGGCCUGGCCUAUCUGGACUUCAGCGUGUCGACGACCGGCAUGCUGGCCGGAGUUCAGAUGUCCCAUAAUGCAGUUGCAGCCUUCUGUCGGUCAGUGAAGCUGCAGUGUGAGCUGUACCCGUCCAGAGAAGUUGCCAUCUGUCUGGAUCCCUACUGCGGCCUCGGCUUCGUCCUCUGGUGUCUCUGCAGCGUGUAUUCUGGCCACCAGUCCAUCCUGAUCCCGCCGGUGGAGCUGGAGUCCAACCCAGCACUGUGGCUGCUGGCCGUCAGCCAGCUGAGGGUGCGAGACACCUUCUGCUCCUACAGCGUCAUGGAGCUCUGCACUAAAGGACUCGGCCUGCAGACCGAGGCGCUCAAGGCUCGGGGUCUGGAUCUGUCUCGGGUUCGAGCCUGUGUGGUGGUGGCAGAGGAGAGGCCCAGGAUGGCGCUCACACACUCUUUCUCUAAGCUCUUCAAAGACCUCGGUCUUCACCCGCGCUCUGUCAGCACAGCCUUCGGCUGCAGAGUCAACCUGGCCAUCUGCCUGCAGGGCACUUCAGGGCCAGACCCCACUACUGUGUACGUAGACAUGAGAGCGCUGCGUCACGACAGGGUUCGAUUAGUGGAGAGAGGUUCUCCUCACAGUCUCCCCUUGAUGGAGUCUGGCAAGAUCCUGCCCGGAGUUCGUAUCAUCAUCGCCAAUCCGGAGACCAAGGGACCGCUUGGAGACUCGCAUCUCGGAGAGAUCUGGGUUCACAGCGCUCAUAACGGCAGCGGUUACUACAGCGGUUACGGCGAGGAGGUUCUUCAGUCCGACCACUUCAACUCCAGACUCAGCUUCGGAGACACUCAGACCGUUUGGGCCAGGACGGGCUACCUGGGCUUCCUCCGUCGCACCGAGCUCACGGACGCCAACGGAGAGCGACAUGAUGCUCUGUUCGUGGUGGGAGCUCUGGAGGAGGCCAUGGAGCUGAGAGGGAUGAGGUACCAUCCCAUCGACAUCGAGACCUCCGUCAUCCGCGCACACAAGAGCAUCGUGGAGUGUGCGGUCUUCCCCUGGACCAACUUGUUGGUGGUGGUGGUCGAGCUGGAGGGCUCUGAGCAGGAAGCCCUGGACCUUGUUCCCAUGGUGACAAAGGCGGUGCUGGAAGAGCACUACCUGAUCGUGGGCGUGGUCGUGGUGACGGACAUCGGCGUCAUCCCCAUCAACUCCCGCGGCGAGAAACAGCGCAUGCACCUCCGCGACGGCUUCUUACAAGACCAGCUAGACCCCAUCUACGUGGCCUACAACAUGUAGCCUGAGUGUGUGCGCGCGUGUGUGUCUGUGUGUGUUUAAGAGAGAGCGAGCAUGCGUUUGUAUGCUGUGCAUUUCGCCGUUGUUGUUCAUUUAUUUCCCAGAAUCAAGAUGUACUGUAUUUUUGAACCUGCAUAUGGUGUGGUCUUAAGUCGUCUGUUUUCUUUCUAGUCGUGUUGUGCUGGUUGAUUGGCUGAUUGAUUGAUUGAUUGAUUGCUCAGUGGUGUUGCAACCAUUCUUACACCCCCGCUUGAUCUCGUGACCGUUACCAGGAGCUCGUCACUGUAGAAAGCCUUAGGGGAACACUGUGUAGGGGGCGCCGGCUCCCGCCGUCACACUGCGUGUCGUUUUAGGAGGCAAACGUAGAGAGGGAGAAUUACUAGAGCCUGUACCUGUCAUCAUGUUUUACUGGUUGAGUCAAAAAAAUCCCAGAUUUGUGGUAUUAUUUCAAAUUAGAGCAGGGGCAGCCAGAUUAUUGUAAAAAUAUAAAUAUUGUACAUAGACAUAAUAAUCUAUAUGGAGAGGUACUUAAAACACAAUGAGGUGUAGUAGCCCCUUUAUGCAGCUCUCUCCGCCCACACCCUCUGCGCGUGUGUGUGUGAAGACUGUGUGUGUGUGUGUGUGUCUCUGUCUGUGUUCAUGUGUGCAACAGGGACAUUUUAUGUCGUUUCAAUGUGAAUCAAACACUGAUUUUAAACAGAUUUUUAUCCUGAGACGAUCAAAGAAGAGACAUUUAUGUGGAGACUGGAAACACUGAAGACAUCCAAAAAGCAGAGAGAAAUUCAAUGGCUGUGCGUGUUCUCGGUGUCCAAAGUCUGAGAAAAAAAUACACCGAUUUAUCUUUUCUGGAUCUAGUUAAGAAAGAUUUGCAUCUUUUUAACUUGUGACCUGUCUGGCUAAAAAGAAAAUACCACAAAUGCAAUUUUAGCAGCUUUCUAUAAAGUGUCUAAUUUAAAGCAAACGUGCAGCAAAUUUUGUAACAUGCACAUUAAACGUCAAUGAUCAUCUUAGCUGUCAACCAGUCCUUCAGUUACCUUCCUGAAUUACUUGCAGUCCCUAUAGCACCCAAAGCAUGUCAAGCAAAGUGCACUGUGUGAAUAUCAAAGAAAUGUUAUUAUUAUCAUUAUUUAAAGGGAGUUUAAGGGAAACUGUGCAUCAUAUGUCAAAGACAACAGCAUCAAGAUGUUACUGCAGCAAUUUUACAUUUAUCUACCUUAAAAUCUGACCAGCAGCCAGCGAGACUCAAAGGAAACGUUCAUUAUCUGUAAUAUCAUUAUCAUUAUUAUUAUUAUUUUAAACUGACCAAAUUUGUAUGGGACACAAAAAAAUCUGCCAAAACAAAUAAAAGAAUACAUAAAAUAUGAGAUUUAAUACAACGAAAAGAAAUGUUGUAUAAAAGCAUUUUAUGAAAUGUUUUAAUUUUCAAAAAACUCAAAUAUAGAAAUGAUAAAUAAAGUGGAAAAUUCUAAUGGAAAUGGAAAUUUAUUGAAGAAUUCAAACGGAAAUUGAAUAUACAGGUGAAUAAACAUAGAAACAAGUUUAUGACGAUGUAAUGAAGACAAUAAAUGUCAACAUUUUUUAUUAGGUUUAAUCUCAUAUUAAUUAAUUUUUGAGAUACUUCUUUAUUUUUCAUUUUGGCAGCUUUUGUCCUUCAUAUGUCCCAUAUAAAUUGGCACAAGAUGGCUAAUUACAGAAAUUGGAUGAACAUAAUAAAAUAUACAUAUAUACAUAUAUAUAUGUAUAUAUAUAUGUAUAUAUGUGUGUGUGUGUGUGUGUGUGUGUGUGAUUUUGGCAGCUUUGGAUAGAGACAGGUAAAAAAAAGUGAGUUUGUUUUGUUUGUUUUUGAAGGUAUCUUUGGUCCUCCAAAUAAAGAAAAUAGAUAAUUUUAAAAAUAUUUGUGGCUCUCCAUACAUAUAAAUGGUUAAAUGGAUAAAAAAAAUACCCUGCAUAAAAUAUCCUUUUCCUGACAUUUAUAAUGAAAUCCACACACGUCCUCGGGCCUUUUUUUAAUGAACGAAUGUGCAAACUUGGGAGAAAAUAAUCACUCUUACUCACAAAGUAAACACUUCUCCGUCUUAUUGCCAAAAAAAGACGGGUGUACCCGAUCAUUAGUGCGGGUAAUAAAUCAAGAGGCUGCUUGCUCUCUGGGGAAGUAAAUGCAGAUGUAGCUGCAGUAACAUCUGGAGUCUGUUGGGACAAAGGGAACUCCAGAUGAAGUUUACAUAGAAAAGCUCCUAUUGUAGCAAUAAUCCCCCAGGGAUGUUCUUUACCGCAGGGAUUCAGCUGCUGCCUGUGUGCACUCUAGACAUAUGGGAUUAUUAUCUUUAAUGAUCCAGUAUUAUAAUCUCCCAACUUUAAACAUCAGACACACAGCUGUGUAACCUCUGUAUGUCGUGGAAUUCUCAAAACUUUAUCAGGCCGGCUGCAUCACAGAAAACAAGAACGAAGUCUAAACAGACUUUUAGUGGUUUUUUGUGAGUGUAAACUGAAUGAACUGAGAGGAAACAUGGAUCUAAUGUGUUUACGCCCAAACUGAAAUGUUACUGUGUUGUUGUCUGUGUUAAAGUCGUCGCUCAAACUAUGAUUACAAAAUAAUUCUGCCUCUGUACAACACCACAGUAGAUACUGCUGUAAAUGUGAGUGCAAAUGAUAUAUGUGAAAGUUUAAUAUGACAUGAUAUAAUAUUAAUAAUAUAUCAAACAACAAACAUUUCCAAAAGUUUAACACCUCAAAACAAAGUAAAAGUAAGGAGUCCCACAGCAAAGUGAAGAAUCCCUGGGAGAGAACAUCCUGGGGGCUUUGGUACAGCAGCUACCACCUGAUGUGCACUGACUUAGACACUUCCUCAAAUGUACUGAGGGUAUAUAAGAUUUAAAGAUAGAUAGUUUAAUAACUCUAUGAAAAGCUUUUAAAAUAAUGUAUAUCAGUUCACGCCGAGACUCUUGGCUAACUGUGACCUAUGGAAGCGUUGAAACCUGCGAGACGCUCCGCAGGUUGUAUAAAAGGUUUUAUUCAGAGCGUUGCCGUUGUCUAGAGGGAACAGUGAAGCGUCGUUUGUUUACAUCCCCGUGGCUGAAUCACGUGUGACAUCAUCUCAUCGCUCUUCUUCUUCUUCUUUCUUUCACUUUGAGUUUUCUCAUCAGUUUUCCUCCACAUGUUUAUGAGCAGAAAAAAUAUUUUUAUGCAUAUCAGAAGUUGCUUAGCGCUUGUUUGGAUAACUUAGCAGUUUGGGUUUGUUAGUAGCAGCGUAGCGGUCAUGUUUCAGUCCCUGGAUGUGUGUUAGGUGUGUGUGUGUGUGUGUGUGUGUGUGUGUGUGUGUGUGUGUGUGUGUGUGUGUGUGUGUGUGGUGGAUAAUGUAGAUCAAGAAGGAAACCCCAUCGGAAACUCGGAGGACUCAUCUCGGGGAUGGAUGGGAGGGAGACUGCAUGGUGUGUGUGUGUGUGUCUGGGUGUGUGCGUGUUAGGUGUGUGUGUGUAUAUUGUAUGUAAAUAGUGUUGAUUUUGUACGGUACAAGUGUGUGUGUGACUUGUUUUGUACACAUGAUAAAAAGAUUAAAUGACACUUUUAUAAGAGCCUGCUACUGGCUCACCGUCACACUAUACAGUGCAAUAAAGUGCUUUGAUUGGCUAA